GUGCUAGUUGUAGAGACUUCACUCCCAACUUCAAUGACACCCGAAUCAAAACUCAUGUCCCACCAAGAGAAUGAACACUCCCAAGGAGAAGAAGAAGUGGGCAAACUCGCCCUCCGGUUAGCCAACGCCGUGGUUCUUCCGAUGGUCUUGAAGUCGGCGGUGGAGCUCAACCUGAUCGACGUCCUCUCCGCCGCCGGCGACGGCGCGUACCUAUCACCGUCCGAGAUCGCGGCCCACCUGCCCACGCACAACCCCGACGCGCCGAUCCUGCUGGACCGCAUGCUGAGGCUUCUGGCAAGCUACGACAUUCUCAAGUGCUCUAUCCGGACCGGAGAGAACGGUGAAGUGCAGAGACUGUACGGCGUGGGACCCAUCUGCAAGUUCCUCACUAAGAAUCAAGAUGGAGGCUCCGUGGCUCCUUUGUUUCUCUUGCAUCACGAUAAGGUCUUCAUGGAGAGCUGGUUCCACUUGAAUGAUGUUAUACUAGAAGGAGGAAUCCCAUUUAACCGUGCUUAUGGAAUGACAGCAUUUGAAUACCCAGGAACGGAUCAAAGGUUCAACAUGGUAUUCAACCAGGCCAUGUCGAAUCACACCACCUUGAUCAUAAAGAAGAUACUCGACAUCUACAAAGGAUUUGAAGUCCUUAAUGUGUUGGUUGAUGUGGGUGGUGGCAUUGGAGUGACUCUCGACGCCAUCACUUCCAAGUAUCCUCAUAUUAAAGGCAUCAACUAUGAUUUGCCUCAUGUUUUAGCAGAUGCCCCAUCUUAUUCAGGAGUGGAGCAUGUUGGGGGAGAUAUGUUUGUUCGUGUUCCUAAAGGAGAUGCCAUUUUCAUGAAGUGGAUACUCCACGAUUGGAGUGAUGAGCAUUGCUUGAAACUUCUCAAGAACUGCUGUGAAGCUCUUCCCAACAACGGAAAGGUCAUUAUUGUAGAAUCAAUUCUCCCUGAGGUUCCUGAGAAUAGUGUUUCCUCACACAUUGUCUUUGAACAAGAUUUGUUCAUGCUAGCUCAAAACCCUGGUGGAAAAGAGCGGACAAGAAAGGAAUAUGAGACCUUGGCAGUAAAAUCUGGAUUUUCUGGCUGUGAAGUCAUAUGCUGUGCUUACAACAGUUGGCUCAUGGAAUUCCACAAAAGAUCGAACACUUAGCUUCAUUAUGAACUUUAGUUACAGUUGAUGAUACUGUACACGGCCAUGAAUCCUGCUCUCUGAAAUUUAUCAUGUAACAAAUGAGAUUUCUCUGUUUGUAUAAACAUGAGUUUUAAGUUCCCUUUUCAAGUAAUGGAAUGAAUGUUUACACAA